UUAGCCCGGCGCCACUGAACGUUCAGGGACUGCUGGGCGAUAUCAAUAAACAAUGAUAAUUUUAACGAAAUAUAAAUAGAAAUAAAAUGCAAAUCUGCCCAGCAGUAGGGUUAAUUUCUGGACGUAUAAUGAAUGCGAAGAUGUGAUAAACGAAGAGUAAAAAGGAUUUUGAUUAAAGUUGAGUAAAACGGCCGCGGAAUGGUCGCCAUGUCACUGAAUGUGUGGCAAGCGAGUGAAUUGAGAAGGCUGUGGAAAGUAAGAAUCCCAAUAAACGGCGUGUGGUUGUUAGAAAAGUGUCGUAAACUUGUUUAUAAAUCGAAAAUAAUGUGUCCCCUGGCUUGGGGAGCCAGCGAUUAGGACAAAGUCACAACCAUGCAAUCUGAAAGUAUAUGUGGCAAUGAAAUUGAAGGACUCGAUGCGGAUACUCUCAUUCCGGUUGAGAUCGUUUCAUGCGACGGGCCGCAACGCACAAGGUCGCAGGAGGCGUUGUCGAUAGUCGAGCUAGGGAAGCAACUUUUGCUUGGCGCACGAAAUGGCGAUACAGAAACAGUUCGUGACCUGAUGUGUAGAGGCGCGCCGUUCACAACGGACUGGCUCGGUACAAGUGCCCUUCACCUCGCAGCUCAAAAUAACCAUACAGAAACAGCCGAAGUAUUGCUUAGAGCUGGAAUCUCCAGAGAUGCAAGAACGAAGGUUGAUCGUACGCCGCUUCACAUGGCUGCAUACGAGGGACAUCAUCAGAUGGCGCAGCUGCUGCUUGACUAUGGCGCCGAUGUAGACAGCAGAGAUAUGCUGAGAAUGACGCCACUCCACUGGGCGGUGGAACGAGAACAUGCUGAAGUUAUGCAUGUUUUGUUGGAACAUGGUGCUGACGCAAACGCGACAAGCAAGUUUGACAAAACGCCAAUCAGCCUAGCUCUAGAGCACAAUAGGCUCGAUUUAGUCGAUGUACUUCAACAGGAGCGAGAAAUAUUAGGAGAACAUCCUCAGCAUCAGAAUCAAGCCAGUACCGCGGAACUUGAGGUUGCGACGCACAGUUUAAUGCAACUUGAGGCAGAAAGAGAGCGGGAACAACAAUUAGAACUCCAACAACAGCAGGAAGAACAGCAACUACAACAACAACAGCAGCAGCAGCAGCAACAGCAGAAAAGAAAACUACAAACAGCUCCAACGGGAAAGAAACAGAGAAUGAUAUUUCAACAAAUCAGAGUCCCGUCAGCUAGCGACGAGGAACAAGAACGAGAGAUGAUAGGUACGGAUGACAACGAAAGUCAGAGUCACGAAGACUUGGAAGUGGAGGAGGGGGCUGAAAUGAUUAGCGGCGUUGAACAGCCCUUAAGGUUACUUCAAGCUCACGGUAUAACCAUGAUACCGGUAGAUAAUGAUUCUACUAUAGUAGAAAAUGCUAUGGAGAGUGGGCAAACUGUAGUAUUGACUGAAGCUGGCAAAUUGGCCCUUAAUUUGACGAGAUCGCAACACAUGGGGAUGAAGCGAUUACACGUCACGGGAAGAAGAGGAUCUUCGCGGAAAGUUAUCGCCAUUCGAGCGGACCAAAUAUUAGGACAAGCUAAUUCUAGCCUCACGCCACGGGGACCGAAUAUACUAAAGAGAACCACGAUGGAUAAUAAGGCUGGGAAGUUAUUUUUCGCUUCUCUUGCCAACACAACUUCCUCGAAACCGACCCUGACGCAAGCAAAAAAUAUCAUUUCCACACCUAAGCGUAAAGUAGCAUCGCCAGUUAAAACAGUCGAGCCGACUAUACUGCAACUAAACGACGAUAUCGAGGAGAUUACGGAAGAGGAUAAUUCCGGCGACAGUGCUGUCGAACAAGUCAUGGAUAUCGCAUUGCUCAACAAACAACUGGCCGAGGCCCGUCGACAAGCUGCCGAAUAUCGUAAGCAAUUAAUGAAGAAAGAGGAGGAGGCGGAAAAAUAUAAACAACAACUAAAGUCCAUCACUGCUCAAACUGCGACGAAAUAAUUGACCUGAUUGUCCGCUAUGGAUUUUAUAACGAAAAAUUCACGCUGAUGUGGUACUAAGAUCACACUGACCGAUCAUCCGAAAUAGAUUUUAAUCGCAAUUAUCGUGAUUGGCGCGAAAUAAAAUCGUGCUCGUGUCGGGAAACAAAGUGUGUUAUAGAUUACGAUAUUUUUUAUUUCUCUAAACGUUGAUACAUGUAAUAAUGAGAAGAAGAAGAAAAAAAAAACUAAUUUCA